CUGGACUUUCAUUUUUUUUAACGAAAAAUCAAUGUAUAUCAUUAUGUCUGGGGCUGCGGGUUGCGAUUCACCCAAGCGGAUGAUUGUCUCUGUAAUUAAAUCCACGUGCAAUUCAGAGGAGGUAAAUCUGGGUCACUUGUCAAUGUAUUUACCAUGCCAAUGGCCGGAAAACUCCAACAACAUGACCCUCAGCCCGACUCCCAGCAUCGGAUCGGCAGGAUCCAUCUCGCCUGGGCAGAGUCCUGACCUCCCAGCCUACAAGGAUGGGAUACGGCGUGGCCGCCCCAGAGCAGAGAUAGUCCGAGAUUUGAUCACCGAAGGCACUUUGUCCACCAGCCGGAUCCGCUGUCACAUCUGCAAUAGAGUAUUCCCACGGGAAAAAUCACUCCAAGCUCACAAAAGGACACACACUGGUGAGAGGCCAUACGUGUGUGACUACCCGAGCUGUGGGAGGGCAUUUGUGCAGAGCGGACAACUCAAGACGCACCAGCGCCUGCACACUGGUGAGAAGCCCUUCAUCUGUUCCGAGCCAGGCUGUGCCACGAAGUUUGCUCAUGCCAACCGGCAUUGUGCCAAGCACCCGUACGCCAGGCUGAGGAGACAGCAGGGUGCGUCGGACCAGGACCGUGCCACGGCAAUUGAAGAGGAUAAGGCAGUGGCAGCGUGGCUUGCAAGGUACUGGCAGAGCCGGGAGCAGAGGCUGACCCCUAUGAAGGAAGAGACAGGUUUCCAGAAAGCUGACCAGGGGCAGAAGAACUCAGCAGGCAGCCACCCAGAGGAGGAGGAAGAUUUGUCACCCUAUUCUGGUCGCCAAUUGCAAGAGCAGAAGGAGCGCUGGCAUGGAGCCCUGGCACUUAUCCAACUGGCGAACCUCUGCUCGGCUCAGCCGCUCUGAAUCCCUUUACCUCCUUCUCUUGCUUGUUCCUUCACCAACCCCCCCCCCCCACCCCACCUCCCUGUGAUUCUGUCUGCAUUUUCCCUAGCUCCUCCUACCCAACCACAAUCCUUUCCUUGCCCGCCUCAUUCCCACCUGACCUCUGCAGUGCCCACUCCUCCCCCUCACUGGUCUUCUGCCUCCUCUUCCCUUGAGGAGAAGGGGUAGGGUAGGAGUCUACAGAGAAACCAGCACACACUGUUUUAUGUGGUCUGCCCUCUGGUUCACCCCCAUAAUUACUUUGACCUACUGAGUCCCUUAUAAUCUGUAACUUGUCCCUGACCUGAUCUGGCUGUUUGAGUUAUUUCUGCAUUUUCUUUUAUGUGAUAGAAAUGAGGAUUCUAAUGGUUCCCACUUCUGUUGCUCCCUACUGAGUCUUCACUGAGGCUGCAUUGGCUCUGAACGUCAAAACUGCUAGUUUUUAGUUUAAUUUUAAAUAGAGAAUUUAACAGUAUAUAUAAUUAUAUUAAUUCUGUGUACCUGCUCCCAUUGAUUCCUUGAACUAUGAAGCUCAUGCCCAAUUCUGGCUGAGUUACUAGGGUAUCUGUUCAUCUCCCCUCUGAAGCUUCCAUUUAUAAAGCACUUUCUUGACUUCAGGGCCCCCCAAUGCAUUUUGCAGCAAAUGAAGUAUUUUUAAAGUUGGAUAGUCACUGUCACUGAUGAGAAAAUCUCAAUGCAGCAGUGAAAUAAUCACCAGAUAUUCAACCUUGUUGCUUGAGGGAUGAAUAUUAGCUGGAGGAUCUUGGAGAACAACUUCUUCAAAAUGGUGUUAGUCAUUCUCCAAAAAGAACAAAUACAGAAGAAAAUAGAAGCAGGAUUAGGCCACUCAGCCCCUCAAGCCUAUCUGUCCAUUCAAUGUCAUCAUGGCUGAUCCAUGCUGGCAUCAAUUCCUCUUCUGUGCUGGUUCCCCAUGGCCCUCAAUUCCUUGAUCUUUCAAAUAUUUAUCUCCACCUUAAA